UUCUGGGUUUUUGUUUUCUUAUAUAAUUUUAAUGUGGGUUAGUUUUAAUUUUCUGAAAUUUUCAUGUUUUAGAAAGUUUGGUAAUUUGGUUUUGGUCUUUAUAGGUUGAAUUUUGUUCGAAUGCUAUGAACAUUUCAUUUUUAUUAUGUUUGAUUAAGUUGUUCUUUUUAUGACAAAAAUUUUCUUCUUGUCCAAAUGUCACUGCAAUCCUUUCAUGAUGGAUUAGGAUAUGUCUUUUUUUCUCCUUAUUCCUUUUGUUGUGUGACUGUGAUCUAUUUUCAAACGGGUUCUUAUGGCUGGUAGUAAUGAUUUCUACAAGGAAUGAUCUGCAUAUUAGCGGAAAUUUUGAUGUCUUCAGGAUCUUCUUUCUUAAUAACUAUUUCCUAUUACUAGACCAAGAUGCGUGCUCCAUCACUGCUUGCACAUUGCUUGCCUGGCUUAGUGCCCCAAGACCGAGGGAGCCAAAGCAUGUCCACCGUAUCAGAGAGAGAUGUCCAUCUGCCUUCCCCGGCUGUGGAGAUUGUCCCUUCAAAGACAGCUCAUCCUUAUAAGUAUGCUGGGGAUAAUGUAGACUUGCAAGGGCUCAAAGUAUUCAAAGGAAGAGUUAGUGUCGCUGAUAUUAUUGGUUUAACUGGUUCCGAAGUGACAUCCUCAAAACCUGAUGGGUUUCUGAAAUCUUGGGACAGCUCUAUCGAUCUUGUUAACAUCCUUAAGCAUGAGAUUCGUGAUGGACAAUUGAGCUUUCGAGGGAAAAGGGUGCUUGAGUUGGGUUGUGGCUAUGGACUUCCUGGGAUUUUUGCUUGUCUGAAGGGAGCUUGUACAGUGCACUUCCAAGACCUCAGUGCAGAAACUAUUAGAUGCACUACCAUCCCAAAUGUUCUUGCAAACCUUGAGCAAGCUCGGGACAGACAGAGCCGACAGCCUGAGAGUCCUUUGACUCCAUCCAGACAAACUCUUGCCCCAACAGUGAACUUCUACGCAGGGGAUUGGGAAGAACUCCCUACUUUGUUGUCUGUCGUUCGGAAUGAUGUGUCUGAAGUGACUACAGGAAUGAGCUUGAGCUUCUCCGAGGAGGAUUUCAUGGAUGCAUGCAGUAGCCAAGAUGGUAGCAUAAUAGCACAGGAAAUUUCCUCAAGGCGGACAAGAAAACUUUCGGGAAGCCGGGCGUGGGAAAGAGCUAGUGAGACAGAUCAGGGAGAAGGUGGUUAUGAUGUUAUUUUGAUGACAGAAAUUCCAUAUUCUCUUCCCUCCUUGAAGAAGUUAUAUGCACUUAUUAAGAAGUGUCUGAGGCCUCCAUAUGGAGUCGUAUACAUGGCAACGAAGAAGAAUUAUGUCGGCUUCAACAAUGCAGCACGGCAUCUCAGAAGUCUAGUUGAUGAAGAAGGCAUUUUUGGAGCUCAUUUAAUCAAAGAGGUGACUGAUACAGAUAUUUGGAAGUUCUUUCUCAAGUGAGUCGAAGUUCAGAACUGUGAAAACAAUGCCUGGUGAACUAAUUACAUUGUCUUUUAUUUUUGUCCUAUUGGUGUAAUUCGUAUCAGAAUUUGUUUCAAUUCUUUUGGUAGUAAUAAUGAAGUUGGGAUAUCACAGAAGGCUGAUUUUUCUACCAUGUCUCUUGUAUUUUUUUCUUAAUUUUUUUCCUUUUUUUUCCAGUUUAAAUGUAAAUAAACAGUUAAU